AGUGGUGGCCAAACAAAAACAUGGCAUCAAUCCAUGAAAUCCUUGACAGUUAAACUGAGUCAGGUAGGGAGAUGCAGACUUCCGGGUUGGGGCCCUCGGGACUGACUCUAGAAAUCAAUGGCUGGAGACAAUAGGUGACAUGGCUCAAAAUCGUUGUCAAUGGCCAGCUCAGAUGUAUUCAGUCUCUGUAAUCUUUCAUAUUUCUUUCUACCAUUACCCAUUCUGUUUCGCUCUUAUACCUGUCAAACUCUUUUGAUUCUCUUCACUCAUCUUCUUGUCUACCUUUGUGUGCUAUUUGGAACGUGGCAACUCGAACUGCUGCACUUCGGUGCAAGUUCUAUGUUGAAUCCAGACAGACAGACAGGCGAAAAGCACAGCCGAAGACAGAAGCAAGUAUAGACGUCCAGUUGAAGCCCUAUGUUCCACUAGGAUUCCAAGGGAACAAUAAUAAUAAUACUGUGUUACUAAUUUAUUUUGGCGGAUUUUCAAAUUCAUACAAUCAAUCAGAUAUUGAUUAUCUAUUCAUGGUUUGAAUUUCCAUGAAUGUGUAAACGAAAUAUAUACUCUAUAUAGUGAGG